AUGAUUGAUAAGGGUCACAUGGAGAAGAUCCCUAUUUAUGAUGCGAAUGACGGUUGGUACAUUCCACAUCACAGAGUGUACAAUAGCAUGAAACCUGGAAAGAUUCGGGUCGUCUUCGACUGUAGUGCGCAAUCCAAAGGUGCUUCACUAAAUGAUCAUCUCCUAAAGGGACCCGAUCUCACUAAUACCAUGACGGGAGUGCUGUUUAGGAAAGAACACAUUGCAAUCCAAUGUGAUGUGGAAGGGAUGUUUCAUCAGUUCCAUGUGAAUGAGGAGCACAGGAAGUACGUACAAUUACUCUGGUGGGAUGAUGAUAAUACUGAUUGCGAGCCAAGUGAUUACAGAAUGACUGUUCAUCUCUUUGGCGCGACCUCAUCGCCUGGUUGUGCUAACUUUGCCUUCAGACAAUUGGCUACAGACUACGAACAUUGUCAUGGAGCAAUAGCAGUGGACUUUGUGCGAAACAGUUUCUAUGUCGACGAUGGGCUGACAUCAGUGGCGACUGUUGACGAAGCAGUAAACCUCAUAAAGAAAAGCAAAGAUCUGUGUGAGGAAGGAGCUCUGAAUCUGCAUAAGUUUGCGUCAAAUUCGAAAGAAGUUCUCAUGUCGAUUCCACCCGAGGACUGUGCGAAAGGGAUCAGCGAUGUUGACAUAAUGUGCGAUUCCCUACCUGUAGAAAGAACUCUUGGAGUCAACUGGUGUAUUGUAUCAGACACAUUUGGCUUCAGAAUCCAUUUAAAGGACCAACCCUUUGUGCGAAGAGGCAUACUGUCUACAAUAAACUCUAUAUAUGACCCUCUUGGAUUUAUUGCCCCGGUGCUUCUGUUAGGGAAACAGAUUCUCCAGGAAACUUGCAAGGAUCAACUCGACUGGGACGAACCUCUACCCGAUGACAUUCGAGCGAAGUGGGAGAAAUGGAGAUGUCAGUUGUGGCAACUAGAUGACCUACAGGUUUCAAGAUGCUUCAAACCUCCUGACUUUACAAAUGUGAAAUGUGUUGAACUGCACCAUUUUGCAGAUGCAAGCAACUCUGGCUAUGGGCAAUCUUCAUACUUGAGCUUCAUUGACGAAGCAAACCAUGUGCACUGUGCAUUUGUGAUGGGAAAGGCUAGAAUAGCUCCAUUAAAAUCUGUGACAAUUCCUCGGCUUGAGUUAACAGCAGCCGUGGUAUCCGUGAGAGUGAGUGAGUUUCUGCAAAGAGAACUGCAAUACGAGAAUAUCACAGAGUACUUUUGGACAGACAGUAAAAUCGUACUGGGCUACAUAGCCAAUGACUCAAAACGGUUUCACAUAUUCGUAGCCAAUCGUGUGCAGUACAUAAGAGAACACACACAGCCAUCUCAGUGGAGACAUGUGCAGAGUUCGAACAAUCCUGCAGACGUGGCAUCACGUGGAAUAAAUGUCUCAGACUUGUCUGAGUCCAUGUGGUUGACAGGACCAGAAUUUCUUUGGAAGGAAAGCCUUCCUUCAAAUGACUGUAAUGACGAAACACAAAUCUCAGCAGACGAUCCAGAAAUACGAAAGGUUAAGGUACAUGUUGUAACCAAGACAGCAGAGACAUUCGACCUUGGACGCAUAGAGCACAUCUCUAAGUGGAACAGGGCAAAGAAAGCCAUUGCUAUCUGUCUCAAGCUCAAGGCAAAGUUGUUAAAUAAACUGUCCCAGUGCAACAAGGGUGUUGGCGUGAAUAGAAGCUUACUGGAUGAUAUUGAUGUCAGUGAUCUUCAGAGAGCAGAGCUUAAAAUCAUAAAGCUAGUACAACGUGAAUCAUUUGAGAAUGAAUUCACCAUAUUGAAACCGAAGAAAGAGCUUGAUGAUCAGGAAAGGCCUGUUAUGCGUGAUGACAGAAAGUUGCUCAAGGACCAAAAGAAGUUCCUGAAAGCUUCCACAAAUCUCAGUAGAUUGGAUCCCUACAUUGACAGCGAUGGUGUACUGCGUGUUGGUGGACGGAUCAAAAACUCUAACUUGUCCUUCAGCUUUAAACAUCCAGUCAUUCUCCCGAGAAAGCACCAUGUGACCGACAUGAUUGUCAGACACUUCCACGAGAAGCUUGGGCACCAAGGAAGGGGAAUGACAGUGAAUGAAAUACGAUCCAAUGGACUGUGGAUCAUUGGCUGUUCUUCAGAUGUGUCUCACCUUAUCUCUAAGUGCGGUAUGUGUAGAAAACUGAGGAGCUCGACACUUGACCAGAAAAUGGCAGACUUACCCGAGGAUAGGAUGCAGGAAGCUCCACCGUUUACCUAUUGUGGGGUUGAUAUGUUUGGACCUUUUCUUGUGAAGGAAGGCCGCAAGGGGGUAAAGAGGUAUGGGGCUCUCUUCACCUGUUUGGGUUGUCGUGCUAUUCACAUCGAAACUACUAACUCUAUGUCCACAGAUUCUUUCAUAAAUGCGCUGAGACGUUUCAUCACGGUGCGUGGCCCGAUACGGCAACUCAGAUCAGACCAGGGUACAAAUUUCGUAGGAGCACAGAACGAGUUACACGGAAUUGACUCUAAACGAGUAAGUGACUUUCUCCAUCAACAGAAUUGUGACUAUUUCUCCUUUGUGAUGAAUGUACCUUCUGCCAGCCAUAUGGGAGGAGUAUGGAAGAGGCAGAUUAGAACAGUCAGAUCAGUAAUUUCAUCUCUCAUGAACCAAGCUAGUGAACAACUUGAUGAUGAGGGUUUACGGACCCUCAUGUGCGAACGCUGGAAGAGAGAAUACAUUCAGACAUUGCAAGUACGACAGAAGUGGAAGCGCCCUAGAAGAGUGGCGCAAGUCGGCGACAUUGUUCUUCUGAAGGAUGAUAAUCUUCCCCGGAACCUCUGGAGACUCUGCAGGAUCUAUGAGGUUUAUAAGAGUAAGGAUAACCUUGUGCGCAAGGUUAAGAUAGCAAUCGGUGACCCAUCACUGUCUCAUGACGGAAAACGCAUGAACACUGUGACAUAUCUAGAGCGGCCAAUUCACAAAUUGAUUCUUUUGCUUGAAUCCGAACUUGAAGUUCCCAAGAACUGUGAUGUUUGA